AUGGCAGACAAGAUCUCAAUCACCAUCUGCGGGGAUGGCGGAUGCGGCAAAUCUUCCAUCACCCUGCGGCUGGUCCGUAGUCAAUGGAUACACGAGUAUGACCCAACCAUCGAGGACUCAUACUCGGUCACCCGCACCGUGGAUGGCCUCCCCUAUUUCCUGUCCAUCACCGACACCGCCGGCCAGGAGGAAUAUCGCGGGCUGUGGACGGCCGCGACGCUGCAAUCCGACGCCUUUCUGCUUGCCUAUGAUAUCACGAAUCCCUCGAGCUUGGACUCGCUCGAUUAUUUCAUGGACAUGAUUAACCUCGAGGCCGAGCGGCGCGCCGAGAAGGCCCAGCGCCUGCGCAAGGAUCUCCGGGACCACAAUGCAACUGAUAUCGGUCUGCCGCCGCCCGUCAAGAUUGUGGCUGGCAACAAGUGCGACCUGAAGGACGGGCGCGUCAUCACCUCUCGCGACGGCCUGGAGUACGCGCGCAAGCACGGUUGUGGGUUUAUGGAGACGAGUGCGCGGGAAAUGGUCAAUAUCGAGGAGACGUUUGCUCUGUUGGUCCGCCGAGUCGUCGAAGCACGCCGGCUGCAUUAUCAACAAGCUACCGCUGCACCCACUCGGCCGCCGGCUUCGCGCACUGGGCCAUCUGCGCACACCACCGCUCUACCCCCGACCACGGCGGACGCAAGCAUACAGGGAUCCCACGAGGUACGAACCCGCGGUCGCUUUUGGGGGUUUGGCAAGCGCACGCGAAACUCAAUGUUUGUCUUCAAUCGCUCGGAACAGGACCUGAAAAAGUCCAAGAGCGAUGUUGCGACGGAGGAGAAAGAAGUAGAGGCACGAGGCUCCUUCUCGCACCGGCUCUGCUGCUUUGGUUGA